AUGCCCGCUUCAUGCGUCAGUCCCUGUGUAGUGGACUCCGCCCUCCCCCUUCGCGCAUGCGCUCUCGUUUCCUCGUCCCCGGGCUCCGCGCCUGCGCACUGCCCAGAGGCGCCGGAGCUCUGUGGCGGCGGCGGAGGCGGGGGGGAAAUGGCGGCCGUGGUGCUGGUGUCCGUGGAGAGCGGCUCGGGGAUGAUACCGGCCGGGAGCCCGGCUGCGUGUGGGGCUCCCGCGGGUCCCUGCGGGCCGGGUUCGUGGAGCCGUUCCCUGGACCGGGCCCUGGAGGAGGCGGCGGUGAGCGGGUCCCUGAGUCUGAGCGGCAGGAAGCUGCGGGACUAUCCGCGGGGCAGCGCCGCCAACCACGACCUGAGCGACACCACGCAGGCCGAUUUGUCACGGAACAGACUUUCGGAACUUCCUGCAGAAGCGUGUCACUUUGUUUCCCUUGAGAGCCUUAACUUGUACCAGAACUGCAUUCGUUACAUCCCAGAGGCCAUCCUGAACCUACAGUCUUUAACAUUUCUAAAUAUCAGUCGAAACCAGCUUUCAACAUUGCCAGUACACAUGUGUAGUCUACCGUUGAAAGUUUUGAUAGCAAGUAAUAAUAAGUUGGUCUCACUACCUGAAGAAAUUGGACAGCUCAGACACCUGACAGAGCUUGAUGUGAGCUGUAAUGAAAUACAGACAAUACCUCCACAGAUUGGCAGUCUGGAGUCUUUGCGUGACCUGAACAUCAGGAGAAAUCAUUUGGUGCAUUUACCUGAAGAGCUUGCAGAAUUGCCUUUGAUUCGAUUCGAUUUCUCCUGCAAUAAAAUCACAACAAUUCCUGUUUGUUAUCGGAACCUCAGGCAUCUUCAGACAAUCACACUAGAUAACAACCCUCUACAGUCACCCCCGGCACAGAUAUGCAUAAAAGGAAAAAUUCACAUAUUUAAAUACCUGAACAUAGAAGCAUGCAAGAUAGCUCCAGACUUGCCUGAUUAUGAUAGGAGGCCCAUGGGAUUUGGCUCUUGCCAUGAGGAACUGUACUCCAGUCGUCCCUAUGGAGCACUAGAUUCUGGUUUCAAUAGUGUGGACAGCGGAGACAAAAGAUGGUCAGGGAAUGAACCUACAGAUGAGUUCUCAGACCUCCCUCUGCGAGUGGCAGAGAUCACUAAAGAGCAGAGACUGCGAAGAGAGAGAGAGUACCAGGAGAACCGAGGGAGCACGGUUGUAACUAAUGGUGGAGUGGAACAUGAUCUGGAUCAGAUUGACUAUAUUGAUAGCUGUGCCACGGAAGAGGAAGAGGAAGAGGUGAGGCAACCCAAGUGCAUGGAGUCAGAGAGCCUCAGCUCACAAUUCAUGGCAUAUAUUGAACAACGGCGAAUCUCUCAUGAGGGCUCACCAGUAAAGCCAGUACCCAUCAGAGAUUUUCAGAGAACAGACGACACAAGACGAUACUUGCAUCAAAAUAGAGCUCCAGCUGAUUCAUCUUACCUUCUAUCUCUGUCCAACAACCACAGUCAGAUCUCUCAUACAGAUGUUGAACUUCACCGAAGGCGAGAGCACGUAGUGGAGCGCACUCGGAGAGAGGCCCAGCUCGCAGCACUUCAGUAUGAGGAGGACAGGAUGAGGACGAAACAGAUCCAGAGGGAAGCUGUGCUUGACUUUGUCAAACAAAAGGCAUCCCAGAGUCCUCAGAAGCAAAGUCCUCUGGAUAGUGAGUGUCCUUUUCCAUCCAGAAGGUCUCAGCACACUGAUGAUAGUGCCUUGUUAGUGAAUGGCUUUGAGCCUCUCUUUGUGUUUGAGAUUGACAAUAACACCAAUACCAUUAAAAGAAGGCCGGGGACUCUCAAACAGAGUGAUGACAGAUCUACUAUAUCAGCAGCUUCACCGACUACCCAAACAGUCCACCUUUCCUCUCUGUAUCCUGGCCCUGCCACUCCUCCUUCCUAUAGAAACCCUUCCCAGCGACCUGAAAGUUUCCUUUUCCGAGCAGCUGUAAGGGAUGAAAUGAACAAAGCUGUUGCUUCAUCUCCCUCUUCUGCCUCAUCUCCUCCUAAUGAUUCUACAGACCCCAGAGCAAGGCAGAACUCCAAGCAACGUGAGGAAGAGUUGGAGCUAAUAGAGCAACUGCGGAAGAAUAUUGAGUCACGGUUAAAAGUGCCUUUGCCCAGUGAUCUUGGAGCAGCUCUUACUGACGGAGUUGUUCUCUGCCACUUAGCCAAUCAUGUGCGGCCUCGAUCUGUUCCCAGCAUCCAUGUCCCCUCGCCUGCUGUACCUAAGCUAACAAUGGCAAAAUGCAGACGAAAUGUGGAGAAUUUCCUGGAAGCUUGCAGAAAGAUUGGUGUGCCUCAGGAGCGAUUAUGUUUGCCUCUGCAUAUUUUAGAAGAGAAAGGUUUGACACAGGUAGCAGUGACAGUCCACGCACUUCUGGAGCUUGCACCCCCAAAGCAGCAGCAUCACCACUUGUCUGCUGCGUAAAGAUCUCCAGGACCUUUUGGUUUCCCUUGGCUAAGCAGAAGAACAUGAAGACUUUACUGCUGGUGCAGUGUAUCCAAACACACAGAGCUCUGUUCUAAGAAGGAAAUUAGAUUCUGUGAUUCCUGACAGGAAUGUUUUGCUUCAUUUCUCCACUUUUUUGGAGAUCACACCAGUUUCCAUUUAAUUUUUUACCAAUAUUUUUUCCCCUUUAUAAAGUGAGGUUUUUUCUUGGGGAAAAUUCCUUUGUCUGGUUGUUUAGAAGCAUCUGUUAAAACUGACUAUGUAGAUGUAGGGGAUUUAUAUAUACAGUUCGAAAAACUGUAAGAUUCCUACUAGGAUAUAUUUCCAAAGGGGAUGUUUCCAUUGCAACACAGUGAUGGAGACGGCUUGUCCUCCCCAGGAGUCCCAGAGAGAGUUUUCCCUGCUUCUAAGAAACGCCAGCUCUUUCCAGUGCAUAUAAAGAUCACAGGUUAAGACUGUGUUUUGAAGCUGAUGAGUCUCAGUUUUUCAAAGCAAGACUGAAAGUGAUACUUCAAUCUGUGUUGGCAUGUCCUCAAUAUUAAAAAAAUAUAGAUAGUGCUGUUUUUUCCAGGGAAAACAUACUGCUUGUUACCUCUAUAAGUAACACACAUUUCAGUGAAAGAUACUAAACCAUAACUGUUCAAAUAGUUUUAUUAAACAAAUCAAAAUAUUUGCUGGCUUUAAGCUUCUGUUGGUUAUAAAUCUCUCUUUAUAUUGGAAUCUUCCCCACUUCAGUGGGAAAGAUCUUACCCCUUUCAUGCCCUCUCCUACCCAUCAUGGGGACUCGGUUACUAAAUGGUAAUGUUAAAUUGGUCUAUGGCUUGUAUGUGCUGCAAAUAAUGACUGAAGAUUUUCCUAUGGAGAAUCAUGUACCUAUUUUCAUUCCAGUGCAAAUAAUCAUAAGCUAUCAAACCAUCCAUUAGAGAUCUGUUAUCCAAUUCUGUUUUCAACUGAAAACAACACACAACCACCCCCUUACACCAAUGAAGACCCCAGUUAUGUAGGAACAAAUUAUUGUAGGAAAGAAUGAGAUUAUUGAAUUCCUGGAGUGGUUCUGUGUGUUGGCAUAACGCUCAGCUUUCAAAAUGCCAGUCUUUUGCAAAAGGAAAUUUCUGUGGGUGGGUUUGACAGAAUGUGUUGUUAAAGCAUGUUUUCUUGUAGUUCAUACAGUGCUAUAAACUGCCUUUACUCUCCUCCGCCUACUUCCUUUUCCCCAAAAAGUGGAAAUUCAAAAUAUGUGAACAGGAAACUGAAAAUAAGGUAUGAUGUUACUUUAAAGGUGACUGGCAAAGUCCAGAAUUCUCUGCUGCCUUGGCCCCCUGACUAGGCUGGGUCACAUCCAGCCCUGCAGUAACUUUCUUUUUUGAUAUAGUAACACUUCAAAAAUCCUGUUCUCCCACAGUGAAAUCCUCUUGCUAUUUCCUGGGGUAUCCCAGAAGACACCUCUGCCAUUAUCCUGGAUUGCACAGGGUGUGAAUGAGACUUCUGGUAUUUGUGGUGUUCCAUUCUGGGGUGUUGUUAGUGAACCAGUAAUACCAAGAGGUUUUCAGAAGGGAUGAAGUGAGCAGAAGAGAUGGAAAAAAGGUUAGCUAAAAGUUUUCUUUGCUGUAAUAAGCCUGGUCUUGGGAACAUUUGAGCACAGAAGUCUGGGCUUAGCUGAAUUUUCCCUUUAGAUUUGUCAUUCCAUUCUCACCCUGCUUUGUUUGCAUAAUAAUUAUUUCAUGGUAGCUUGUGGUAACUGUUGUCUCAACGAUCACAUAAGGAAAUAUUUUGCUUCAUAUUGGUGUUGACACCACUGAUCACACCAUAAGUCUAGAAAAACACGUGAAGGAUAUUUAAAACUAGAGUCGCACAGUUGAUAAGAGAAAAUAUUUUCAUAAUGUGUAAGUGGCUGCCUUGGUUUCUGGAAGAUCUGAGCGUGCCAGUAACGUGCAUCAUAAAAAGGAAGAGAGCAGCUCUGUACAGGUACACCUUCCCCCAGCAAACGGUGUAGACUGUGUUCACAGCAACUUGUUCCAAGGGAAGGCUUGCAAAGGACAGAGCUGGUCCUUGAAGGAUUAUGUGGCAGUGAAAGGAGAACUUUUUUUUACUGCAGUCUCUGCCCUUUGUUGAAUGGGGGAUGGCAUCUCACUGCUGACACUAUAGACUAGUGGUUCCCAAACUUUUUCCCCCACCCCCAUCCCCUGAAGCAGUGGGGCCAGUUCAGAUAUUUCUUGGGAGGAGGCAGAUUUUUUCAACCCUGUGCCGCCCGGUCCCACAGCCAGCCCUACUCUCCCUUGUCACCCACUCCCCAGGGUAGUGGGAGGGAGUUGUCAUUGCAACGUGGAGCAGGCAGAGCACACGGACUGGGCACUCCGGCUCCCCAGUGCUGCAGCUCCCUGCCAGGCUGGGGGUUCUCAUUUCAGCACCGCCACUCCCUUGGAUUCUUCUGCCUCUCUGCAGCCAGCGCCGUGCACCCCAGAAUGGGACCAUCAGCAGCGUCUCUGCCUCCCCUCCCUGCUGGCUCAAGGCUUCCAGCAACGCCAAGUGGAGAGGCCGGCGGUUCUUGGAGGGCCCAGCAGGCAGAGCGGGAUUGGGUGCCGCGCGUGUCCCCUCCAGAGCCCCCGCCUCCCUCACGCUGCUCCUUACCCCUCCUCCCUGAUGGCACAAAAUCUUGCAACCCUCUGAAGGUUGUGACCCCCCGUUUGGAAAACUGAUACAGACAAUUCUGCCAUAGACCAUAAAUGCUUCCUUAGGGGUUGUCUACAAAUCAUUGUUAAAGGGGAGUAACAAAUGAAUCUGAAUUCUCAGUACUAGAUACUUUGCAUUCUGUGUACCUGGGUAUUAGGUUUUGUUUAACAGAUCGAAAGAAAUCUGUUAAACUUAAUGUGGAAUUGUGAGGGUCUGUUAUUUGCUCCAGCCCAGCUUCCCGGACUUACAGAAACUGACUGUAACAGCAUUCAUGUUGGUAGAAGUUGGACAUUUCAUAAAUGUUAAUUUUUGGAAAACUAACCACACCUCUACCCCGAUAUAACGCGACCCGAUAUAACAUGAAUUCGGAUAUAACUUGGUAAAGCAGCGCU